AUGCGCUGGCAUCUCUCCCUUACUUCUCAGCGUUGCAGUCGCAGUCGCCAGGGCUCUGUUUACCAUGUUUACCAGCAGCAACCUCAAGGAAUCGUCGUCCAAAAGGACCCUAGAGAUAAACUCACCACCACCAUCCGACGGGAAACAAGCCUCGACAUCUUGUCGAUGAAUCGGCUGAUGAGGCAGGCCGUGCUGCCUCCGGACUCUGCCACCACCAAAUUGGCCUCCCAAGCGUUCAAAGACGUCCUGGUCGUAUCUCAUCGACAUCGAGAUGAGGGAACAGCUGUCACAUCCCACGCACGCAGCCUUCCCGAGGCGCCCCCGAUGGUGGCGGCCGGGCUGCAUUUCCGGUCGGGCACUACAUCACCACCCGCUGCAUCUCCCGGCGAAUCCUCUCCCAUGCCUUCCCGCCGCGCCGGUCUGCUGCCAGGACAAGCCUGUCAACCGCUGUCCGUCUCGUUAUCACGGGUGCCCCCGUUUGGAGAGCGGUCGCGUCUCCUCCACUCGCCCGUCUCCAACCUUUAA